AUGGAAAAGUACAACGUUGAUGUGCUAGCGGUUCAAGAAGUACGAUGGCAAGGAUGUGGUGAAAUUGAAUGCAUUGGUACAAAAUUCCGUUUUAGUGGUGACGCUGAAAGGUCUGGUAGGUCUGGGACUGGAUUCCUGCUUAACAAACGAGUGGAAAAAUCGUUUUUGGGCUUCAGACCAAUAAAUGACAGAAUAUGUGUAAUCUCCGUUAAAGGAAUGUUUAGCAAACUUACGCUGAUAAAUGCCUAUGCUCCAACAGAAGACGCAGAUGAUAUCGCUAAAGAGACCUUUUAUGCAGACUUAGACGAGACAUUGAGCAAAAUGCCAUCACAUAAAACAAAAAUAUUACUUGGAGACUUCAAUGCAAUAAUUGGAAGAGAACAAUACAAUUCUAAUGUAGCUGGCUUACACUCACUACACACCGUGUCAUCAGACAAUGGUAAACGGUUAUGUCGGCUCGCAACUGGUUCCGGUAUGUACAUUAGCAGCACGCAUUUUCCACACAAAAAUAUACACAAAGGCACAUGGCAGCUACCAGGUUCAACAACAGCCAACCAAAUAGAUCAUGCUCUUAUUGACCAUAUUAAGAAAUCGUUUAUCCUUGAUGUUCGUAGCUGUAGAAGUGCGAAUGUCGAUAGCGACCAUUUUCUGGUAAAAGCCACAGUAAGACAAAGUCUAAAGGGCGUGCGUAAAAAUUACGGAUCUAAAAGGAAAAAAUGGGACGUUGACAAGUUACAUGACAGCGAAACGGUCCAACAAUAUGAGCAGAGAAUAAACGAAUCACUUAGACAUAUCACGAACUAUACCAAUAUAUACGAGCACUGGAAAGUUUUUGCAAAUUCAAUCACAAAAGCAGCAGAAGAAACCGUUGGUUUGAAAAGAAAUCGUAGACGCAACAAUUGGUUUGAUAACGACUGUGCAGUCGCAGUGGAAGCUAAGACUGUAGCCAGAGAACAAAUGUUAAAUGACAACAGCAUUACUAACCAAAGCAACUACAAAAACAAAUGA